AGCCCAGCUGGGCCCGCGGCGCACUUGCGCGAAAUGCGAACCGGAAAGGAAGGUUCUUCCCCCGGGCGUUUGGGCGUUUUGGCGUCACAGUGUCAGGCAGAACUUCGGGGAACUGGAGCCUCCCGUAGGGAUGGAGAAAAGAGCGAGCUGCCCCAGGGUAAACAUGGAGUAGACAGAGUUGGAUUUCAUCAAGAUUAGUGGCUUUGCAAGAUGAUGAUUCAUGGUGAUGGCUUGCAGGGUCAUAAACAAAAGAAGGCACGUGGGACUUCAACAGCUUUCAUCAUUUGCAGAAACAGGAAGAACUUUCCUAGGCCCAGUAAAAUCAUCCAAAUUUAUUAUAGAUGAAGAAUGUCAUGAAAGUGUGUUAAUCAGUUCAACAGUAAGGCUUCUUGAAAGUUUGGAUUUAACCAGUGCAGUGGGACAACUUCUCAGAGAAGCAGUUCAAGCACAAAAUAACACAUACAGAACUGGAACCAGUACUCUUUUGUUUCUUGUUGGUGCAUGGAGCAGUGCUGCUGAAGAAUGUCUUCAUUUGGGUGUCCCCAUUUCAUUAAUAGUGUCUGUAAUGUCAGAAGGCUUGAAUUCAUGCAUUGAAGAGGUAGUUUCCCUUCAAGUACCUAUCCACAAUGUAUUUGACCGUAUGGUUAACACAAAGACAUUUUCUGGACCUGAAACAUUUAGUGUCGGCGUAUACCCUUUUCUCCAAAUCCCUUCAGGUACUGGUUUGAUACAGAAAGAGUGUGAUCUCAAAGAUGUUGCCUCUCAGUCAUUGGCCAUUUACAGUCUUUCUGGGAGACCUGUUAAAUCACCUCAACUCUUUAGGUCUCAGGAUAAGGUUGAAGCAGAUGAAAACACAUCACAAACUCCUCAAACUCUGAAAAACAGUCUGCUUGCAGACACCCGCUGUAGAAAGUCAGUACUAACCCACAGUAGACAUUUUAGUAGGACAGGUAAUAAUCAAUGGAUAAGCAAACCAGACGGAGUUCUAGAACAACUUAGUGCAGCUACUCCCAAGACUUACAGAUGUGAUGAUUUGGUGGAGUUGGAGGUGGGUUUGAGUCACGGAGGUCACAGCAGCAUGAAGUUAGUAGACGAAGCAGUACGGCUACAAUAUCAGAACGCAGGUAUGCAACAAGGCAGCUGUACAGUGCCAUUUCUUUUUGACAUUUCAAGGAUCUUCACUUGCUGCUUACCGGGCUUCCCUGAAACUUUUUCUUGUGUCUGUCCAGGAUAUAUCACUGUUGUAUCAAUAUCUAGUACUGCUCUGAUCAAGGAAUUGCAGAAUCAGCCUGUUCGCGUUGUUCUCGUUGAAGGUGAUCUCACAGAGACUUAUCGCCACCUGGGAUUUAAUAAGUCUGCAAGUAUUAAAACAGUAUCAGAAAGCUUGAAGGUUCAACAAGAUGGCUCAGAAGAACUGUGGACAGACCAUGUGUUACAGGUAUUAAUCAAGUUCAAUGUGAACCUUGUCCUGGCACAAGGAAAUGUGUCUGAACGCUUAAUUGAAAAAUGCACAGACAGCAAGAGGUUGGUAAUUGGAUCAGUGAAUGGCAAUGUAAUGCAGGCUUUUGCAGAGGCUUCAGGAGCAGUGCAGGUGACCUACAUUACACAAGUGAACGAAAACUGCGUGGGCAGUGGGGUCUGUGUGACCAUCUGGAGAAGCAUUCCCUUUGAUGCUGCAGAUGAGAUCAACAGAAUGGCAAUCAUGUUAAAAACAGAAGGAAUUAAUUUGGUUACAGUAGUGCUGACUAGUCCAGUCACUGCCCAGGUGCAAACCAAAGAAGAUACCUUCUGGACGUGUGCCUAUCGUCUGUAUCAUGCUCUAAAAGAGCAAAAGGUCUUCCUUGGGGGUGGCGCAGUUGAAUUUUUGUGUCUUAGCCAUCUUCAGAUUCUUGCGGAGCAGUCUGUGAAUAAAGGAAACCAAGGCUGUUCAGGAUGGCUUCAUAAUACUUCCUCUUGGCUGGCCUCAUCUGUGACACAGUACAGACCGACUGUGCUUAAACUCCUGUCAAAUGGAUGGCGCAGAUACCUUUCAACUCUCCUGUAUAACACUGCCAGUUACUCAUCAGAAUUUGAAGCCGGCACAUUCAUUCAACAUCAUCUACAAAAUGCUACAGACGCUGGCUCUCCUUCCUCUUACGUCUUGAAUGAAUAUAGUAAACUAAAUAGUGGGAUUUUAAAUUCAGACAUUUCAGAUAAACUGGAACAGAUUCCAAGAGUUUAUGACAUUGUUACACCAAAGAUUGAGGCAUGGCGCCGAGCUUUGGAUUUAGUACUGUUAGUUCUUCAGACAGACAGUGAAAUUAUCACUGGACUUGAACAAACGCAGAUAAAUUCGCAGGAAUCAGAGGGCUUUUUAUUUUUGUAGUGUUAUUGGCUAAGUCUUUGGAAAAUAAUCUUUGGUAAUAUGUCGUGCUAAUAAUAAAUUUUCUAGUAGCCAAGUUACAGUUUCUAAAAUGCCAGCUUUUACCAAGAGAAAAUAAUUGAUGUGUGUCAAUAACUGUACAGAGUCGGAGAUUUCACCCUACUUACAAUUUUGUUCUCUGUUUCUAUAUUUUUAUUCUGUAGCUGGACAUGUCUCUUUUUUUAACAUUUUAUUGGAGUAUAAUUGCUUUGCAUUGUUGUGCUAGUUUCUGCUGUAUAAGAAAGUGAAUCAGUUAUACGUAUACAUAUAUCCCCAUAUCCCCUCCCACUUGCAUCUCCCUCCCACCCUCUUUAUCCCACCCCUUUAAGUGUUCACAAAGCACCGAGCUGAUCUCCCUGUGCUAUGUGGCUGUUUCCCACUAGCUAUCUAUUUUACAUUUGGUAGUGUAUAUGUCAAUGCUACUCUCUCACUUUGUCCCAGCUUACCCUUCCCCCUCCCCAUGUCCUCAAGUCCAUUCUCUACCUUUGUGUCUUUAUUCCUGUCCUGCCCCUAGGUUCGUUACAACCUUUUUUUUUUUUCUAGAUUCCAUAUAUAUGUGAUAGCAUACUGUAUUUGUUUUUCUGACUUACUUCACUCUGUAUGACAGACUCUAGGUCCAUCCACCUCACUACAAAUAACUCAAUUUUGUUUCUUUGUAUGGCUGAGUAAUAUUCCAUUGUAUAUAUGUGCCACAUCUUCUUUAUCCAUUCAUCCAUCGAUGGACACUUAGGUUGCUUCCAUGUCCUGGCUACAGGAAAUAGAGCUGCAGUGAACAUUGUGGUUCAUGACUCUUUUGGAAUUAUGGUUUUCUCAGGGUAUAUGCCAAGUAGUGGGAUUGCCAUUCACCCUACUUAUAAUUUAACAGGUUAGCCUGUUGCUGUUUCAUGGGAUGCUACAGAAUACACAAGAUGCUUGGAUCAGAGGCAAAGGGCUUUUAUUAUUCACAGGAAAAGCAGUAGCCAGAGCUUCAGGUUGCUUUGCAUCAGUUCCCCAGUUCUCUACGUCCCACGAAAGCAACACGGAGGGCCACUGAUGGCAGCCUGCACACGCAGUGUGUUGUGUUACGGAAGAGGAACACUUGGGGUAGCCACUGCUUUUACAGUAAGCAAAAACAAUCCCGUUCUUUGUCCAAGGGCAGUUGUUACCUCAUGCCUCAAGGCUGCUCAGUGUAAACACAAGCCUGAGACGUGGACUGGGUAAAGAUAGGCCUGGCGUCCUGAGAAAGUCUGCAGUGUCACUCAGAGCCAUGGUGGGUAGCCUGCUCCAGAAAUUCACUCUUCAACCUGAUACGUUCUUGGCCAGACUUGAAUUUUCAUGUGAGUAUGCCACUCUAUCGGCUACUCUGAUUAAUCUGGCAAACAGGUUGCUUAGUCAGUACCAAAUCUAUUCAGUUGGUCUCACAUACCAACUAAAUCAAGGCUACUAAAACAGACCCCGAGCAGCAGGGUGAAGCCAGGCUGCAGUACUGACCUCACUCAUGUUCCCAAGGGCCUUGAAUGUAGUCAAAUGUAAGUUCCAAGGGAGGGCCAGUAGGCCUUCUUAUUAGCCAGAAUGUAGCCUAAGGCCAAUUUGUUAUCCAUUAUGAACCACGCAAGGGAGCUUUGACUGUCUUACCUGUCUUUGGUGUCAUUGCCGAAAAUAACAGGAGGCAAUAGAUGGGCCAAAAGGCAACUCCCAUCGCUAGCGGAGAUACCUUUGUGGCCCAUUUUCCCCACAUACAAGCACAUAACCGCAAUAGGCCCAGGUCACUGUAUAUCAGGAUUUCUUGUUAAACCUGAAUUGAAUCACCAGUAUAUAAAUUUGAUUAAGUCACAUAGGUAGUGUUACCUAGUAGUUUCAGCCUCAGUUGCCAUGCAUGGUAAAAUCCGAGGCCACUCAGGCAUUAAGAGAAGCAUAUGAUCAGUCAGAUUGAAACAAGGUUGUCCUAGUUCCUGUGUUUGUAAGUGUUCUUAACUGAGAGCUGCCAUUGAUGGCAUCAUGUCCUGCCUCCUGUACCAAAUAAGAGGCUUAACAAGGAGUUGAGCCUCCUUUGUGGUGGUGGCUUGUGGUGGUCAAGGAGAUAAAGCAUUUGCUUGUUUGACUCCCGGAGGGAUGAGUGCUGUGAAUCUCUCCAAAUGGUAUCAAGGAACUUUCCUUGGCAACCAGUGUUCUGAAUUUUGUUCAGGUUUAUCGGUCACUCCUACUGGUAGAGGUAGAUAACGCCACAGUCAGGGCCAUUGAGACAGGCUUCUAACCUGUCAACCCCAGAACGUCUAUAUAUAUCACCUGUAUAGUGAACAUCUGAGGCAUCAGAGCACAGAGGCACACACACUCAGUCCCACCCUGUGGAUGGGUUAGGAUGGGUCAGGGCAUGGUGGUAGCUGGCCGGAAGCUUGUCUCAUUUCUCUACCUGUAGCAAUACCCCGCGUGAGAGAAUCUCCUCUGGCACUUCAUGAGCAUUUAAGUUCAAGCACAUAACACCUCGAUGCCAAUUAUGUAUUUUCAUGAUAAUAGUACAUUGAAUUGGGCCAUUGGGACCCACCCACAGGGUCACUUUUUUCCUUUACUGCAAGAUUUGCUCCAAUCCUGUCAGUUACCUUUAGUCACUUUUUCCCCCUAUGGAAACAUGGACCAAGAAGUUUCACAUUAGGGGCUUUAACGGGUGCCAAGAGUUGCUGUUAUCUCCCUGACGGGUAGCUCAGGAAGGAGCAGAGAGUGAGGGCGGCAGGCAGGGAGGUUUUGUUUUGGGGGUUGUUUUUUUGACUCUGCAUUUCAGUGUUGGUGCCAGCUUCUCCCCGUGCCCUUCCUAGUAUCUGGAGAGCACCCAGGCUCCAGGGAUCUUUCUCUCUGUCCUCCACUGACCACUGCAUCUCCCCAGUGUCCUGCAGUCCUGGGUACCUUGGGCCACCCUGUGCCCAGUAGCCACGUCCCUCAGGGACUGGGUAGCAUGGUCCCUUGGGCACCUGUAUCUAACAGAGCUAUAAAAAUUUGAGUCACUUUCUUCCCCAGAGUUCCCCCGUUACACACUUGGCUUUUUCCGUACAACAAACGACUUCAGGGUGGAGGGUGCCGGAGGUAUUAAGUGUAGAGGGAGAGAACGGCUCCAUGCCAGGAAGGAACACUUUGUGUUUACUUUUGGUUUUGAUCAGCUGCCCAACUUGUGCUCAACAAGCUUGUAUUUUUGGUCUACUCAAAGUUGUAUUUCUUCAGUCACUGGUGGUCCAGUGGUUAAGACUCCAUGCUCCCAAGCGCAAGGGGUGCGGGUUUGACCCCUGGUCGAGGAACUAAGAUCCCACAUAAAAAAGUUGUAUUUCUUCCUUGCUGACAGCAUUUCUUUCAGCUCUGGGGACCCCUUGACUUGGUGGCUGCAGCCGGUUUCUUCUCAGGUUGUGCCGUGGGGCACGCUGCCCUGUUGUCAUGUUCACAUUCUUCCUUCUCCCACCCGACGUGAGUGGGUAACAACCAAGACACCAUUUGGCUGUAUGACUCUCUCUUACUUCGUCUCCAAACGUUCAUUAACAGGUAGACAGUAGGCAGCCCAUGAUCCCCUCCCCCUUACCCACUACUUGAGUGCAGGCAUUCACUAUGGAACCCAUGGAAUCAUAUCUCUUAACCCCACCCACUGGGGCUCAUCUUUUCCAGAGAACCAUGGUUCUCUCAAGUUAAAACUGGCAAGAACUAUGCAGGGUCUGGGAUUUUGCUCUGUUUACAAGCUAACAAGUUGGCCUAUUAAAAUUUCAUGCAACACUGGCAGAAGACUCGAGACUCCUGGGUCAGAGACAAAGGACUUUAUAAAAGUAACCAGAGCUUCAUGUUAAUUUAUGUUGGUCCCCUGCGCUCUCAAGCCCCUCAGGGGUGACAUAAGGAGCCCAUGAUGAAUGUCUGCACACAUGGUAGUUUGUGUUACAGUAGAGGAACACUGAGCUCAGGUGAUUCACAACUUUUUUUUUUUUAAUUUUUGCUGUGUUGUGUCUUCUGUGCGAGGGCUUUCUCUAGUUGUGGCAAGCAGGGGCCACUCUUCAUCGCGGUGCACGUGCCUUUCACUAUCGCGGCCUCUCGUUGCGGUGCACAGGCUCCAGACGCGCAGGCUCUGUAGUUGUGGCUCACGGGGCUAGUUGCUCCGCGGCAUGUGGGAUCCUCCCAGACCAGGGCUCGAACCUGUGUCCCCUGCAUUGGCAGGCAGAUUCUCAACCACUGCACCACCAGGGAAGCCCCCCGAUUCACAACUUUUAUAGUUAGCACAAGUAAGCCUAUUCUUAGUCUGGAGAAAGAUAUUACAUCAUCAUUCAAGGUUGCUCACUGCAAACACAGACUUGAGAAAUGGCCUGGAAAAAGAGAACUCAAUACCCAGCAAGGACAUGCAGGGAUGCUCCGAGCCCAUGGCAGACUGCCUGUCCCAACAAAGCCUCUUUUGCUACUUAGCCAUAAAUUGAACAUUAUAAGGCCUGAAUUUAUGUGUGUAGUUUUUGGAAAUGAAUAUUAGAAGAGCUCUGAGAAAAUAAUUGUAUUAAUUAAGUUACUGAUUACCUAUCAUGUUCCAGGCACCAUUCUAAAUUCUUUAUGUAUUGCAUUAGUUUGCUAGGGUCAUCUCAACAAAGUACCACAUACUAGGUGGCUUAAACAACAGAAAUUUAUUUUUUCACAAUUCUGGAGGCUAGAAGUCUGAGAUCAAGGUGUGGGCAGGGCUGGUUUCUUCUGUGGCCUCUCUCCUUGACUUGUAGAUGGCUGUCUUUUCCUCGUGUCUUCAUAACAUCUUCCCUCUGUACCUAUCUUUGUCCAAAUUUCCUCAUCUUGUAAGGACACCAGUCAUAUUGGGUUAAGGCCUACCCUAGUGACCACAUUUUAACUUAAGUACCUCUUUCAGGACCCUAUCUCCAAAUACAGUCACAUUUUGAGGUACUGGGGUUUAGGACCUCAGGGUAUGAAUUGACGGAGGAACACAAUUCAGCCCAUAACUCAUAUGUAGUCUCAAUCUUUGCAACAUCUAUUUUCUGCAUUUUACGGUUGAGGGAAUUAGCUUAAUGAGGUUAAGACACUUGUCCAAGUAAUAGGUAGUAGAGCUGGAAUUUGAACUAAGGUUUUAUCUGGCUCCAAAGUCUGUAUUUCUGGGCUUCCCUGGUGGCGCAGUGGUUGAGAGUCCAUCUGCCAAUGCAGGGGACACACGUUCGUGCCUCGGUCCAGGAAGAGGCCACAGCAGUGAGAGGCCUGUGUACCGCUAAAAAAAAAAAAAAAGUAUAUAUUUCUAAGCAUUAAUUGUGAUAUGAAGCUUUUUUUUAUUCUGUAAGGUAACAACAAAACAAAAGAGGAUGCCUGGUUUAUUUACAGAGCAACUUUAAAUGUAUCAGAGAAUGUAAUUUGAUUAUGUUCAUGCUUGGGUAAAAGAAUAUCAUUUUUGGUUUGGUGCUUGUCUUAUAAUGUGAGAACUUUGCACAGAUAAUCAUUCCAAUUAUACAUACUGUCUUUGUUCACAGUUAGAAUAAUAACAAUGUUGAGUAUUGAACUGUUUUUAAAAAUAAAGGAUAUUAUUUUACUUGAGUAGAUAGCGAUACUUUUAUUCUCCCUCUGUAUACUAUUAACACGUAGUUUUUGUUAAAAUAGUACGAAGAUUAUGAGUGCCACUAAUAUUCACAUAGAUGUUCAGCUCAUUUAAUAUAGAUUUUUUUAAUGAAGUUCGUAUUUGCAUGUAUUCAUACUAUUAAGUACUGAGUAGAUCUUGUAAUAAAUACUUUCCUUUGAAACUAGAA